AUGCACGCAGAUGCUGUCCUGGAGAAAGUGGUCGGCGAUGGAGGUCUGGCGCUGGCUAGUGUGGGUGAGCCCAUAGGCGUUGGCCAAGCCGCAGUCGCUGGGCAGACUGGCGGCACCAACACAGCCGUGGCUGGUAGUGGACAUUUAACGGGCACCAUGGUGGUCAAGGAUGCUACCGGCAACCCCACAGCGGGUGUGGGGGGCGUGCUGAUUCAGUACCAGGAUCCGGCCACGCUCCCACGGGUACACAAGUGCACGUACGAAGGCUGUGCAGCCAGCUUCUCCCGCGGCACGUCCCUGGCCAACCACAGCAAGACACACAACAAGGAACGCCCGUACGAGUGUACUGAGUGUGGGCAGACGUUUAUGGGCCCAGGCUACCUGUCGAGGCAUCUCAAGAUACACCGCAAGAAGGCUGAGCGGGCAGCGACGCUGCAGCUCAACUGGCAGUGGUAG